AUGAGCGCAUCCGCCAGCGUGGCUCGGAGGGCCGCUGUUGUGAACCCUUUCGCGGGCAGUGGACGUGUCAUAUCCAGGUCGGCUCUGCGAGCGAGUUCCCUCCAACUUGGUCGAAAUGCCCGAAACAUUCAACUUCAAAAUCACGCUCUCGCCAUCCUCAUCCCCAUUCGCACCGUCACUACGGAGCCCAAUAGGGGUGGACCUCCGUCUGGCCCACCACCCGGUUUCAACGCGGAGGAGGCCAAGAAACCACUUCCGAAGGAGGCUUCGUCCGCCACAAAGUCGGCCGCGAAGGCCGAGCAGCCAGAGGCGAAGGAAGCAGAGAAGAAGGCUGCCGCCGACUCCGAGAAGUCCCUGGACCAGCUGGCUGAGCAGAGGGAGGCACUGGCCGUCUCCAAGAAGGAGGCCAAGAAGGAGGAGAAGAAGCUCACCUUGGGCCAGAAGAUCAAGAAGGAAGUCCAGCACUACUGGGACGGGACGAAACUGCUGGCCACCGAGGUCAAGAUCAGCACGAGGCUGGCGCUGCGGAUGGCCGCCGGAUACGAACUCACACGGAGGGAAAACCGACAGCUCCAGCGGACGGUGCAGGACCUCGCGCGUCUGGUCCCUUUCUCGGCCUUCGUGAUCAUACCGUUCGCGGAGCUUCUCCUGCCGGUGGCGCUCAAGCUGUUUCCCAACCUCCUCCCCUCCACGUACGAGGACCAGAAGUCCAAGGACAAGAAGGCCCAGACGCUGCGCGCACUGCGGAAGGAAGUCAGCGGCUUCUUGCGGACGUCCAUCAAGGAAACCGGCCUGCCCGUGUCGCCUGCCCUCGCCCAGAAGGAGGAGUUUGCCAACUUCUUCCGAAAGGUCCGGGCUACCGGCGAGAAGCCCACCGAGAAGGAUGUCAUCAAGGUCUGUAAAGCGUUCAGGGACGACCUCACGCUGGACAACCUGUCGCGGCCGCAGCUGGUCUCCAUGUGCAGGUACAUGAGCCUCAACACUUUCGGAACCGACCAGAUGCUCCGGUACCAGAUCCGGCACCGCAUGCGGCAGAUCAAGCGCGACGACCGCGCCAUCAGCUACGAAGGCGUCGAGAGCCUGUCCGUCUUGGAGCUUCAGAUGGCCUGCGCCAGCCGCGGCAUCAAGUCCUACGGCGUGUCGCCCGCCCGGCUGCGCGAGGACCUGCAAACGUGGCUCGACCUGCGCCUCAAGGAGGGCGUUCCGUCCACCUUGCUCGUGCUCAGCAACGCCUACAUGUACGCGCAGACCGGCGAUAACGCGGUCGCGAACCAGAUCGACGCGCUCAUUGGCGUUCUCUCCUCCAUCCCUGAGGAGCUGUACCACGAAAUCGAGCUCGAGGUGCACACCGCCGAGGGCGCCGCCACCAACAAGCAGCGCCUGGAGGUCCUCAAGGAGCAGGAGGACCUGAUCGAGGACGAGAGCGAGCAGAACGAGUCCAAUCAGGUGAGCGGCCUUGCCACGCCGCGGGAUGUGGAGGACAUCGACGAGAAGGAGGAGCGCCAGGUCGCCGCCGCCGCCGACGGAGUCGAGAAGAACCAGGUCAACGAGGCCAUACAGGCCGAGCUGGAUGCCGCCCAGGCGGACCAGAUU